CUUUUUGAUUUGCCAAUAAGAAUAAGUUAGGUGGUACUGUAAUAUUGUUCGUCUCUAUACGCGUUGGCUACUCCACGUGCCUUCUACAAUGAUGCUGCGGGAAGAUGGCUGGUUGGAGUUGGCGGAGGUUGUUCCGAUGACGCUUGAUAGUGAUAGGACCAAUGAUAACAGCAACAGCAACAACAACAACAAAUGCAUCCUGUUCCCCGAAGCAUSGGCUGAAGAAGAAACGGCCAUUCAUGUUUUCUGUUCGCAAGAUGACAACGAGGAAGACAUUCCCAUCCCGCUGACUUCAAUCAUCGUUCAGACCCCUUCUGUGCCGCCCCAGUCCAACAGGGGUGAAGAUAAAGAAGAUGACGACAACGAAGAUUCAGAUGUUUGUCAUCUCCAAGAACCACAGCCCUCGUGGCUCCUGCGUUUCCAUCCAGUGAUGUUUUUCUUUUUGCAGCAUGCAUCUUGUACAACAAACUACAAAAGUUCAAAGAAAACCAAUGAAAACRAAAGUAGAAACAAAAGUAAAAAUAAUACACGGGUGAAGAUUUCUCCUCUCCCCAUGCUGGAGUUUCAGAUGUUUCUUCAAACGGCACAGCAGCAACUGCAUCAAAACAAACAAAACUGCUCUUGGAAUUUUCACCCCGUAACGAUUGAGAAAUUGAGAAAAGGGAGUCGCAUUAGUGUCUCUUGCGUCUACGUAGAAAACGAUGAUCCGUGGUUAGAUAGUACUAGAGCGAGUGAAGAAGAGAAAAACAAAAGAUCUCCUGGCAGCAAGCCUCGUCAUAUGUCUGGAGAACAAGCCAUUGCCAUCGCUCUCGGAGGGCGAAUCGUAAACUUAGGGUCUGUGUUGUUGCUAUCCACAAUUUAUGGGUACGUUAUUGUGACUGUGACCGAUAUCGGUAUGCAUAGUGGAGAUGUACGAGAAAACUCGGUUUCGGACGGGAAUGAAACCACACGUAUAGUAUAUCGACUAUCUGAUGAUGUUCUGGCAGACCAUGAUUAUCACAUUCAAGGUCCACCGACGCUUCACGAUGAAAACAGUCGGAAUCAUUUGCAACCAGAUGGCGAAUCGCUGAUUGCUUGGGAGGACGAUGUACCAGGGUACGAAUCUUUGUUAAAGGAUAUUAUGGACGUUUUUGGGGUUCAGGGAGAUCCCGCUGCGGCUUCUGGGGUCGUCUUGACGGGAUGCUCCGGCGUUGGAAAGUCUCGGCUGGCAUCGUGUCUAGCGUAUCAUUUUAGCAAAAGUGGUACGUUUCGUCAACACAACCAACAAACCCAGCAUCAAACAUCCGAGUCGAAAACAGCGAAGUCCUCUUCAAAUAUGUCUUCCCUCAAGUACCAAAACCAUAUUUACUAUUCGUCGGUUCAAGAUUUAACCUUUCAGGCCAGUAYUGAGACAAACCUUUUGGAGAACGUGCUUGUUCCUAAACUCCGUGGCCGCAAGCUUUGGAUCGUCGACGAUCUUCAUUUGCUAGAGUCUGUGGAAGGCAAUGGAGACGAAGCUAAAAACGAUUCCGAAACCAUGAUGGUUCAGAAUGCUAUUGUCGAGGCAAUCGAUCGCUYUCAUGAAUCUUGCUGUAUAUUGGGGCUUGCACAUUCAGUUUCGAAUUUGCCGUCGGAGCUCACCAAAUCCGGGCGUCUCGAAAAGGCACUACAGAUUCUUCAGCCUACUCAGCUGCAACGAAUUGAAAUAUGGAAACGGAUUCUCGCAGAUGAAAACAAUGGAGGAUUGUUAUUGAAUAAUCCUAGUGAAAAGAACAAUGAUUGGAUAGUUGCGCUAGCGUCUUCCACUGCGGGUUGCGUUCCGAGAGAUAUAAUGCGGAUCUACCAAGAUGCAAUAACCAAACUCCGCGCGAGGCAGCGCGAAUGCGAAGAUGGACUAGAGACUACUCCGGUGCUGGAGUGGGAAGAUCUCAGGGAGGCAAUCAAAUCAGUCAUUCCGUCGCAGUUAGCAGAGUUGGAUGUGAUCAAACCCACCGUAUUUGAUGAAAUGCUUAGCUGGAAAGAGAUUCACCUCCAAAGUUGGCAAGACUUUGCGGGAUAUCCAUCACUUAAGAAGAGUGUUUAUCGACAAGUAGUUGUUCCAUGGAGAUAUUUUCUUCAAAGUUUGGAUGAAUCAUUGACCGGUGAUAUCAAGGAAAACAAAAAAUCAUGGUUGGAACCACCUCCCGGAGUUUUGUUCCAUGGUAAAAGUGGAACCGGGAAAACAGUAGCUGCGAAAUGCUUAGCUGCUACUCUUGGACUACCUAUUAUUCAGGUACGAGCAACCGACCUCUUAGAUAAGUGGCUCGGAGGUUCCGAGUCGCUCCUGCGAUCUUUGUUCAAGAGAGCACGAGCUGUCUCGCCGUGUGUGUUGUUCUUGGAUGAAAUCGAUGCUAUUGCUUGCAAUCGUGAAGAGGAUGACAACAAUGAUGUCUCGUCGCGCAUCCUGUCAACGCUCCUUAAUGAAAUGGAUGGGGUAUCCAGUGCUAUACAGAAGAGCCGUGUCUUGGUGAUCGCAUGCACAAAUCGCAUCGGAAGCAUGGAUUCCGCAUUGCUUCGUCCAGGGAGACUGCAAGAACACUUCCACAUGGAAAUUCCCAAUGCAUCUGAUUUAGAAGAAAUACUGAAGCUCCGCACGGGGAAAAUUCCUUUGGCGCAAGGUCUCAACUUGAAAGAUUUGGCUAUGGCAUUGCUCGAGACUGGAGCAACAGGUGCCGAUGUUKKUGGGCUCUGCCGUGAAGCUACAUUCAUUGCGAUGCGUCGUGUUGAGUUUCGUGAGGACAUUAGUGUAGCUGUCACACGAGAAGAUUUUGAAUCCGCGAUUUGCGAAAGAUUCGGUAUUUUAUGAUUAUAUACGCCAUGUUUGGCAUAUAUAUGACUAGUUCAUAUACUAUGAAGUGCUCCGCCUACGCCAAAGGUUACAAAUAAUCUAGUAAAUAAUAAUCUAUUGA